AUGGAGGAUGAUUAUGGGUUGAUUACAUCAACGCUUUCAGAAGAGAUUCGUGUAGAAAAGGUAAAGUCACUGAUGGUGGCAGAUAAUGGCAUUUUCCGGUGGGAUGAGGAUAUUCUUACUGAUUUGUUUAAUGAGACUGAUCAGCGAAGAAUUAGGACUAUUCCUCUAAAUAAUGCGCACUAUGAAGACAGGACAAUUUGGCUGCCUGAUUUGAGAGGCAUUUUUUCGGUGCGUAGUGCUUAUAGAAUUCAGCAGCUCAAUAUUUCACGUACUAGUCAUAUAAACUCAAAGUUCUUGCAACAAUUAUGGACAAGGAGGAUCCCUUCAAAAUAUAAGGUGUUUAUGUUGAGGGCUACUAGAAAUUGGUUGCCUACGAGGGAUAACCUGAUUAGUCGUAGAGUCGAGAUGCAAGAUAAUGUGAUUCAAGGUUUGAAUUCUGUAGAUCAACUAUGGGACAAAUUGUAUCAGCAUGGGCAUACAAAUUUAAGUGAACCAGCUGUUAUGACGGCAAAUGGAAGUCAUAUUCAGUUUAAGAUGGAUUCGAUGCUAAGUGGGGGCGAUGUUUCUUGGAGUAAGCCUCAGUCUGGAGAAUUGAAGAUGAAUGCUGCUUUUAAUAAUACCCAUCGCUGUAUGGCAGCUGUUAUUCGUGAUGAUAGAGGACAGUGGGUAGGAAGUUUAUUAUUUCCAAAUUGUUAUGCUCCAAACACAGCUGUAGCGGAAGCUUGGGGAUUAAAAGAGGCGCUUUCGUGA